UCUCUCGUGUUCAACGCUCAAAGAACUAACCCCAUCUUAAGCUUCCUUGUUUUGUCACUUCCUCUUGUAUUUGUUGCUAUAAGGCGAUUAACACAAUAACCCCUUUACUACAAACAUAUCAUAUUAUCUUUCAUCUUAUUAAUCCCUUAAAUGUAAAAAAAAUAUUUUGUAUAGAUAUGAGAUGUUACCUCAUUCUUUCUUGUCAUAGGUGAUGUUAGUGUUUGUUAAUUUGGCCUACAUGGAAGGAAUCAAAUCAUGAUUUUAUCAUCCUUUUGAAAUCUCAUAAGCCAUGGAGUUGGAGAACCACAAAUCAAGAUAUAAGAGGCUAUGCAAUUGGUUCACCACUAAGCAAAAGGAAAAAAAACCAUCAUUAAGUUUUUAUAGAGUUGAAGAUGGAAGAGAAGAUGAGAGUGAUGAACAUGGGGAAAAUCUUUCCCUUAAGUCAUUGGAAUUUGAUUCAUGCAUUUCAACAAACAAGCUAAGGAUCUUUGUUGGUACUUGGAAUGUUGCUGGAAGAUCACCUGUAGGAAGCUUAGCUGUUGAUUUGGAUGAGUGGUUAAAUCUCAAGAAUGGUGCAGAUAUAUAUGUUCUAGGGUUUCAAGAGAUUGUACCAUUGAAGACCUUAACAGUGAUAGGAGCAGAGGAUCCAUCAGUAGCAACAAGUUGGAACCACCUCAUAGGAAAAACACUAAACAACAAAUUUGGAUUUCCAUGGUCAACACCAAUGUUAAAUUCAUCACUAUCAUCAAGUAAUGAAAAAUAUAAAAAAAUUGAAGAAAACAACAAGUACAGUAUGGUAUCUAGUAAAAAGAUGGUUGGAGUUUUCAUAAGUGUGUGGUUAAAAGAACAAGUUUUGGAAAAAUAUUGUGUUUCAAAUGUGAGAGUUUCAUGUGUGGCAUGUGGUGUUAUGGGAUGUUUGGGAAAUAAAGGAUGUGUGGCUAUUAGUAUGUUGAUUGAAGGGACAAGUUUUUGUUUUGUUGUUGCACAUUUAGCAUCAGGGGAAAAGAAAGGUGAUGAAUGUAGAAGGAAUCAUCAAGUUGAAGAGAUUUUUAGGAGAACAUCUUUUUCUAGCUCCUCAACAAAACAUCAUCAUCAUCAUCCUCUAACCAUCUUAGGCCAUGAUCGAAUAUUUUGGUUUGGAGAUUUAAACUAUAGGCUAUACUUGAAAGACAAUCUUGCUAGGCAUUUGAUAAGAAAGCAAGAUUGGAAGGCAUUGCAAGAAUUUGAUCAACUUCAAAAAGAGUUAGAAGAAGGUGGAGUUUUUGAAGGUUGGAAAGAAGGUAACAUAGAAUUUGCCCCAACAUAUAAAUACUCAUCUUCUACUACCAAUAUUUAUUGUGGUGGUGGCCUUCCAAAUAGAUCAGGAGAAAAGCAAAGAACACCAGCAUGGUGUGAUAGAAUUCUAUGGUAUGGUAAAGGAGUAGAGCAACUUCACUAUAUUAGGAGUGAAAGCAAGUUUUCUGAUCAUCGACCUGUUUCAGCACUUUUCUCUACACAAAUUGAAAUCAAUUCAUCUAAUAGUGGACUUGUGGAAUUUCACAACAUACACCCAACAAUCUUGCACCAUAAUCAUGGAGGGAGCAAAGGAGAAGCAAUUAAUGAAGACCCUACCUCACUUUCAUUGUUAAUGAAGAAUGUAUAAGGGUGCAAAUACAAGCAAUUAAAACUUUAUUAGGCUAUAGUCAAGGAUGGCAAAUUUUUAAGUCAGAAAAUGACCAAAAAAAUGACUUCAUAAAAACCCAACAAUAUUUUUUGAAGAUCAAAUUUUUUAGAAAGGUUAAGAUUUUGUGAGUGAAGAAUCAAGAUUGAUCAUAUAAGAUAUAAAUAUUGUGAAUUAUACAGAUUUUGUUAUAAAAAGCAUGUCUCAAUCCAAAAUAUAUAAAAGAUUAUUCAGUAUGUUGCAGUCC